AUGCAAGGAAAAAGUAGCGAAAUUUUGGACGCAAGUGAUCUGGCCACCCUUGGAAAUGCCGAUAACCUCAAAGAUCCUGGGAAUGAUGCCAAGAUGCCGCAUCACAUCCGUGGACACGUAUGGUCUGAGCCCAGUGUGUUAAUGUGCCUUUUCCAGGAUGUUCUAUGCAAUAUUUGGACUCUGCAUAAUUCAGGAAUGAAGCUCACGCAACUUGCUAGAGGGGGUCCCUCUGAUGUUUUGGAAAAUAAUGCAGCAGCAAGUGUCUCAUAA